CAGCCGGCUCUGGGCCCGCCUGGAAUGCAGGAACAGGCUGCGCACCAGGACUUUUAUGGAAACUUGCUGCUGGAGACGGCGGCGGCGACGGCAGCCAGAGGGCUCCCAGCGGCUGGCUCAGCAGCGGUAGCAGCCGGAGCGCACAGAACCCUGCCCACACCCAGGUGCAGGACGCGAACAGCCUCUCCGCGCGCGAGGAGGACAUUUCGCUUCUCGCUGGCUCCUGGCGGGUGCGAAAUAGACAAAGCUUCAUAAUCACUCCACGACCACGUACAGCAAACAUGAAUGAUAUUUCCCAAAAGGCUGAGAUUCUGCUUUCUUCAUCUAAACCUGUCCCAAAAACCUAUGUGCCAAAACUUGGCAAGGGUGAUGUAAAGGAUAAAUUUGAAGCCAUGCAGAGAGCCAGGGAAGAAAGAAAUCAAAGGAGAUCUAGAGACGAAAAGCAAAGAAGAAAAGAACAAUAUAUUAGAGAAAGAGAAUGGAACAGGAGAAAGCAGGAGAUUAAAGAAAUGCUUGCUUCUGAUGAUGAGGAAGAGGUAUCUUCUAAAGUAGAAAAGGCUUAUGUUCCAAAGCUAACAGGAACUGUUAAAGGUAAAUUUGCUGAAAUGGAGAAACAAAGACAAGAGGAACAAAGGAAAAGAACAGAGGAGGAACGAAAACGAAGAAUUGAACAGGAUAUGUUAGAAAAAAGGAAGAUACAGCGUGAAUUAGCAAAAAAAGCUGAACAGAUUGAGGACAUAAACAAUACGGGAACUGAAUCAGCAUCAGAGGAAGGAGAUGAUUCACUAUUUGUAACAGUGGUACCUGUCAAAUCACACAAAACAUCUGGAAAAAUAAAAAAGAAUUUCGAGGAUCUAGAAAAAGAACAAGAAGGAAAAGAAAGAAUUAAGUAUGAUGAAGAUAGAAGAGUAAGAUACGAAGAACAACGACCAUCCCUCAAGGAAGCCAAGUGUCUUUCAUUGGUCAUGGAUGAUGAAAUGGAAAGUGAGGCAAAAAGGGAAUCACUUUCUCCUGGAAAACUGAAACUAACUUUUGAAGAAUUGGAAAGACAAAGACAAGAAAAUCGAAAGAGGCAAGCUGAAGAGGAAGCAAGACAACGUUUAGAAGAAGAGAAGCGUGCUUUUGAAGAAGCAAGGCGGCAAAUGGUAAAUGAAGAGAAGGAAAACCAAGGCAUAGAAAAAAAUUUUAAAGGGUACCGUCCUGGUAAACUCAAACUUAGUUUUGAAGAAAUAGAAAGGCAGAGGAGAGAAGAUGAAAAAAGGAAAGUGGAAGAAGAAGCCAGAAGGAGAAUAGAGGAAGAAAAGAAGGCAUUUGCUGAAGCAAGAAGGAGCAUGGUAAUAGAUGAUGACUCCCAAGAGAUGUAUAAAACAAUAUCUCAAGAAUCUCUUACACCGGGAAAACUGGAAAUUAAUUUUGAAGAAUUAUUAAAACAAAAAAUGGAAGAAGAAAAACGACGAACAGAGGAGGAAAGGAAGCAUAAGCUAGAAAUGGAGAAACAGGAAUUUGAACAACUGAGACAAGAAAUGGGAGAGGAAGAGGAAGAAAGUGAAACUUUUGAACUUAGCAGGGAAUAUGAAGAAUUAAUCAAAUUAAAAAGGAGUGGCUCUAUUCAAGCUAAAAAUCUAAAAAGCAAGUUUGAAAAAAUUGGACAGUUGUCUGAAAAAGAAAUACAGAAAAAGAUAGAAGAAGAACGAGCAAGAAGAAGAGCAAUUGACCUUGAAAUUAAAGAGAGAGAAGCAGAACACUUUCAUGAGGAAGAAGAUGUCGAUAUCAAGCCUGCAAAGAAAAGUGAGGCUCCCUUUACUCAUAAAGUGAAUAUGAAAGCCAGAUUUGAACAAAUGGCUAAAGCAAGAGAAGAAGAACAACAAAGAAGAAUUGAAGAACAAAAGUUACUACGUAUGCAGUUUGAACAGAAGGAAAUUGAUGCAGCACUACAAAAGAAAAGAGAAGAAGAGGAAGAAGAGGGUAGCACCAUAAAUGGCUCCACUAUUGAAGAUGAAGCACAAAUGAGAUCAGGAGCUCCAUGGUUCAAAAAGCCUCUGAAAAACCUAUCAGUUGUAGAUAGUGAACCAGUUAGAUUUACUGUUAAAGUGACAGGAGACCCCAAACCAGAAAUCACAUGGUGGUUUGAAGGAGAAGUACUGCAGGACGGAGAAGACUAUCAAUAUAUUGAAAGAGGAGAAACUUACUGCCUUUAUUUACCAGAAACUUUCCCAGAAGACGAAGGAGAGUAUAUGUGUAAAGCAGUCAACAAUAAAGGCUCAGCAGCUAGUACCUGUAUUCUUACCAUUGAAACUGACGACUACUAGCCCUCUUCUCCCCUCCCAGGAACUCUUUCUCCCUUCAACUUUCUUACUACAUCCAUCUUUUCUGUGAAGGGGCCAAAAAAGGAAUCCAGAAGUGCCACUGUGUUGACUUCUUAUUCCUUUUCAUAAGUCUUCAAAACAAGCUCAUCUAAAGAAUACCUUCUUCCUUUCCAAAUGAGCACCAGAUUCAUUGCCCUAUCAUGCAAUAGCAACCAACAAAAUGUGUAUUUAAUGGGGGGAGGGGGGGAGUGGAAAAUUUACUCAAUGAUCCUACUGGACCCUAUUACAAAGGCUAUGCAUUUCCCAUGAGUUUGCAAUUAUGCUAAAAAAUAAACCAGAAGUAGAGUGCAUUAUUUUGCAUGAAAGAAUGUCAUUUAUGAGCUAUUUACCUAAAAUUAGUCUGAAUAGCUGAAAUGUAGUGAAUGUGGAAGUUACCAACUUGAGUGGGCUUUCUUCCUGAGUAGUAACUCAUUUUGAUUAUUGUAGUUUCAAUCUUUCUAUAAGCAGAGGUAUGGGGACAAGGUGGGGAAGGGUGUGGAGUUAAUCCUUUUAAGGGAGAGGAAUAUGGUGAAAAAAUUAUUUUUAAGUAGGACAACUUCCAAGAAAUAAUUGCCAGAAAAAUCUGAUAGAAACUACCACUUAUACAGAGUUCUGAGUGAUGAGAAAUAUUAAAUAUGUAUUUUUCAAAUGUGUGUAAUGUAUAAUCAAAUUUGUGAAGCCAAUUUAUGCUGUGAUCUUGCCUGAACAAAUUACAUUUUAAUGACAAAACUUUGUAUUAAUAGUUCGUGCAAAAAAACCCACUGUCAACAUAAUUUAAACUUUCAAAAUCUGAGGAUUGUAUUUAGGAAAAAUGGCAAAUAUUCAAUUUUAAAUUCAGGUCUUUAAAAUGAGUUUGUAAAUAAUUAGCUACUAUGUUCUGUUAUCGAGUUGUUUUAUAUUUUAAUUUCUGGAAGACAAUUUUAUUUUACAAUGUAAACCCAUAAUAAAAUAACUUAUGUAUUAAAAAAAAGGUCUUUUAGUAAAGACUUGUGAAAUAAGAUGCUUUUCCCCCUUUUCAUUAGAAUUUUUAAAAAAAGUUCUCAUGGUACACCUUUAACGAAAGUCAAAUAUAAAGCAGAAAGAGACAAAAACACUCCUCUUUAAUAUCCAUCAAUUUACAUUUCUUUUUUUAUUGAGGAAACCAUAAUCAAUACAAAAUUACAGCAAUCAUGUGCCCUUUUACAAACAAUGCCAUUAAAGCAAGCUCUAAACCACAGUUUGUAAAAUAUUCAAUUUACCUCAAGUCCAAGCUGCAUCUCCCUAAGAUACUGUUCCCAUCACAGUAGCCAUUUUAAGCCAAUCUUCUUUUUACACACGGGUAGUUUCUGUAGAGAACACUUUUCUCAGGACGAAAAUGCAUCGAGCAUGCAUAAGAAAAAAUAUAUAUAUGCGCAAAUACAUUUAAGAGUUUCUAUAGGGGUAUCACUGAAGAAAAUAAAACCCUGGGAUUUGCUUCUUAAAAGCAC